UGCCCGUGAGCAAUCUCUCAACUCAUCUCUGUCUCCCAACUCAUCUCUGGUUUUACCAGUAACAUUGGCGUAAAACAGCGUCUACACGAAGCUUAACCUCACAGUUAUAAAACCGGUGUAAGGUAGCAUGUGUAAAUAUGCUCAAAUGAUCCCAUAUGUUCUUUGUCGGAACAGCUUAAACAAACUCAUUAAAUGAUUAUCAGAGAAGGAAGGUAAUGAACAAUUAAGGUGAUGCAGACGGAUGGUAAUAUAGAGUUCUAUGCUCUCAUUUAUACUAAAGCAUUUAGACUAGAAAGUGAAGUUCUUAAAGAUUCCAAAAUAUUGUGAUCCGGACAUCAUGUCACCAGGAGUUAAUGACAGUACUCGUAAUACCGGUACCAUUCCAAAAAGUAAUCGAAGAAACGACAGAAAUAGAGAACGAUCUGCUGCAAAUCAGCAGGUUACUGGAAAACAUGUUCUCAGAAGUUACUAUUCACAACAUCCAAAUAAUUUGGUACAGCUUGACUGGCAACCAGUAAGUGAUCGUGAACCUAGCAGAAUCACGAAAAAUAGUAAUACUCAAUCGACCACAUCUGCCCCAUCAUUUUUUCAUCACGACAUUUUUGAUACUGCAUCUGAAAACACCAGUUGGCAACAGAAUUAUUUUGCAGAGAAUUGUACGUUGUGGCAAAGGAUGGUUCCACCAAUUGAUUCACAAACUCAGUCACCGCAGCCUCCUCCGAGCACUAAACCUACUAACAUUGAUAAAAUGCCAGACAGAAGAGAAGUUGAGAGUUGCUUAAAUCAAAUCCGUGACUAUAUCAGAGUUACAGCCACAAUGAUGGAUUCGCUUAACCACUCUUCGGAUCCGCUUGCCCGAGCUCAGCAUGAAAAGUUAUCCGGAAUGGUGGAAGAUCUCUAUGACAGUGAGACAAAAUUGGCCAAUCUCUUGGAAAACUACCACAAACGUGGAAAUCCCGAUAAGUCCAGAGGCCAUGUGGAGCAACAAUCUGACCAGAUGCGUCGGUUCACGGAACUCUUGGAUAUCUUAAGCACCCAAGAACAAUUUUUCCCUACUAACACUAACCACAGGAAUGGUGAGCAUGACGGAGAAGUUAGCUGUGACGUCGACAACGGUGCUAGAGAGGCAGAGCUUCGUAGGAAAGUGGAGGAAUCACAACAGAAGCUGGCCCAACUUCAGGAACAGCAAGCCAAUUUAGUAGGAAUGCAGCUGCGUGCAAGAGAACGAUUAAAUGCAGCUCGGCAGGCCCAGCAAGCUUUGCUGCAGCAAGAAAAUUCCGCAUCAACUUCCUGGGAAGAUGGUAAUUGUCUGGUACAGCAAUCAGCAACCGAACAACUUGAAUCUGAAACUGCAGCCCUACGGGGAAAGCUAGUAGAACUACAGCACAAGAAAAAACGCAUGGAUCACCUCGUGGCGGAACUUCAGGCAGUGGAUUUAUCCGAUAGAGUUAGCUGUAGUUCCGAUAGUUCGCGCAAUGUUGGAAGAGAUAAAGUAGCCGAACUGGACGCUAUGAAGGCACAAUUGGCACAUUUAAAAGCUUUAAUGGAAGAGGCCACGCGAGCACGCGAAUCCUUAGAAUCCGCACCUGAACUAGAAUCAGAGGAGGACAUAAUGGCUAACGAUGGUGACGAAACUGAGGCGGCGAAGGAAGACGCACUCUGCAGCUCCCUAUGCAAUACAUUAGAUCGCCGAGCUGACAACGACGUCAGCGCGCAUCUUGAGAAAAGUAGAAAUUCGACUGCUCGGCCAACGGUUGAGCAAGUCCAGGCUGUUACUAAAGAACUGAAGGAACAAUCGGCUUUACUGCAGACGACACGUGCUGCGCUACAUCGUUUGAAGCAAACCUCUACUGCGAUUUCUACCGCUCCCUCCAACCCUAUGCCUUUGCCUCCAGUUUCGACACCACCCUCAUCACUCAUAGGCAUGUCUGGGUCUGAUAAGAAGCGAAGUAACAAUAGCGGUAGUAACACUAACAGCUGCUCCAGUGAUCCACAGCAAACUCAAACAAAACCAUGCCACAUAGACGAUGUAAUGAGGAAGGAACAGGGCCGUUCAUCCUGCAAUAGAGAUUUAGGUGGAAGUGAUUGGGAUAGUCGUAGAGGUUCCAAUUCUCAUCUUAGUCAUACCAGUACACCUGCAAAUAUCUGGCCACAGCAAAUCUCCACAGUCCGUGGAGGUUCAAAUGAACACAGCGUAGAUGGAAUUUCUUCCUCCGAUCAGUUAUUGGAUAUUGGUCCACAAACCUCUGCAAUAGAAAAUGGGUUCGGUGGGAAUUGGUGGGGAUUGCCACCACCGCCUUUAAAUCAACCUACUAAUGUGGGACCCAAUUCGACCGAAUACUAUCGUCAGCUGUUAUUAGGAUCGCAAUCUCAACAACUUCAGAUGAUGGGGACAACGAUUCAGCAGUGCUGCCAAUUGUUAUGGGCCCAGCAACGCGAGCUACAAACAAUGCGGAGCGCGAUUGUGCAGCUUCAGACACAGUUGAGACAGUCACAACAGCUACCACGAAUUGACCCUGCCGACGUCCACGAGGAAUAUUCAAAUUUGAGUCGCACAAGUCACCAGUUGGGAAAUUCAUUAGACGCAACAUUGCCGCCCAGUUCAUCUCUACCGAAUCUCGUUUCGCUGCCCAAGUCUUCGUCUGUUCCAUCGCACGGACCCGUCAUCUCUGCACUAUCUAUUCCGCAGCAACAGCAGCAGCAGCAGCAGCAGCAACAGCAGCAGCAGCAGCAGCAGCAACAGCAACAAUUGAACAAUCAAGUGCCACCUGGGAAUAGAGCAAACAACUAUUGGGAUAAUUUCAGAAGCUACUCCAGGCAAAAUCUAUUGUCAGGAAAUGUUAAAUCAACGUCCGAAUGCACCGCACCAAUACCAGCAGCUAAUACCAGCACUCCAGCUAAUACUGUCACUGGCGGUGUUAACAGUUCUCUUGUAAGAGAUAAACGAAACCGAGAUGAAGGACUAGACAAUCUGCGAUUGCCAUCAUUAUCAGAUGCAGAGUAUUCCCUGAAUCUUCAGUUGCAGUCGAAUUUGCAAUCGCACGAAAGAGAAGCAACCGUUGUGAGGAGCAACAUUUUGUCUAAUGAGACAUCUCAACAACAGACUGAUCAUAAUUGGGAUGAAGCACAUUCUUCCUUUCGAUCACUGCCAGGCAGCUCCGAUGAGUAUAACUCCUUCAUUAAACACCUCAGCGGUGAAAUAAGAGAUUUAUUUGGCUCGUUGGUAACUGCAAAUAGGAAGAGCCCUGAUUACUUGAUAAUGAUUUUAAGAGAAAUAAAAGCAAUCAGCGAAGACCGUACACUACGACCACGUUUGUUGCGAUCUCUUCGAGCGAUACAAGAUUCACAGGCGACGAACAAUCCUUUGAAUGAAACGACUGAUCAGACGGCGAGUGAAAGCUGUCAGUCCAGUGAUGAGGAAUCCGAUGCAGGUGCUCAAGCAAGUGCCCUAGUAAACUCCAAAGGAGAACAUCAAUCUUUGCUGCUAGAAAUGUGUAUGCCACUUUAUCCACCUCUUUCGAUAGGACCAGUACCACUGGUAGAUUAUUCCGACAAUGCGGCAGCACUACCUUUUGGAAAUUUGAGCACUGCUCCUUCUGCAUCUUCACUCACUCCGGGAUACAAUGAGGAUUUAGCAGAAGCUGAUCAAUCUAGGCCCGAAACAUCUAGCAAUCAACAACAGAUUUUUGAUGACGAAGCAAACAAUGAUGGUGACGAAGACAGGGACCCAAUAUUACAUGCCUCUGUUCCACAAAUUUCUGCCGAUCUGGACACUACUCCCGAACAAGAAAAUGCCAGAGAAGAAGGAGCAAGGACCGAGGACAGCUCCGGAGGCGGAUGGUAUUCCUGCUAAGAUUUCAGGUUCUUCCACUGGCUGUUGUUUGUUUUCAAGAUGGUUAACACGAACGAGCAAGUGGAACUAAUUUAAUCUUUAAUAAGUUCAGAAACGUGGUUAAUGGUGAACAUAUUGGAACAUAACUAUUUGGAACGACGAGUUUCUCAAUCAACUGUAUGUUUGAGGAAACCUAUAUUUGUUCCAUACUACAUUUUUUACAUACUAGUUUUUGAUGAAUGAUAGAUCUCACGAAACGCAUAUUGUGAGACUACUUGUGUUUGCUUCAACAAAGGACUUGUUUUUUAAUAUAAUCACAUAUUUAAGUAGAAUCGCGUGUGAACGCGUCGUGAUAAUUUAUGCUUUUUAAACCUUUCAAUGGUGUAAUAAUUAAUUCUAUAUGAGUAAAAAUAAAUACCCCAAUUGAAGAAAA